AUCUUUUUCUUUUUCAGCUUCUCAUCUCUGCAACAAUUUAUCCAUUUGCUAUAACAGUUCAUAGAAAUUAUAUUUACUGGACUGAUCUCCAACUUCGGGGAGUAUUCCGAGCUGAGAAGUACACAGGAGGAGAUAUGGUAGAGAUGGUUCGUAGGCUGGAAGAAUCCCCAAGAGAUAUCCAUGUAUUCUCUGAUGAGCAGCAGAUCUGUGAAACCAAUAUGUGUGAGAUUAACAAUGGUGGUUGUGCCCAGUCUUGCCAUCCAAGUACUGAUAAUAAGGUUGAAUGUAAAUGCAAUGCAACACUGAAGCUAGUCAAUGAAAACAAGAUGUGUGUUGCACAGACUUACAAUUGUGAUGUAAACAAAUUCUACUGCGCAAAUGGGAAAUGUAUAUCACGUUUGUGGGCAUGUGAUGGCUCAGAUGACUGUGGUGAUAAGUCUGAUGAAGAUAGAAACUACUGUACAUAUCAUACAUGUAGUCCUAGCGAAUUCCGAUGCAAGAAUGGCCGUUGCAUUUUCUCCACUUGGAAGUGUGAUCACGAAGAUGAUUGUGGUGAUGGGUCAGAUGAAGAAGGAUGUGAGUAUCCUCCAUGUGCUGAAGGCGAGUUUACAUGUGCCAACCAUCGCUGUAUCCCAAUCUCACAGUGUGUGAACACAAACUUCACAUGGACUGCAAAUGAAGCACUUAGUAGAAAGGACCUGUAUGUUUUAGUGUCAUAUACACCUUCUUUGGCAAACAAAGACUAUCUCUGCUAG